GCCUUAACCGCACAAAAGCUCAACAUGGUAUCAUUUGUAAAGCGCACUCUGGACCCACCUACUUUGAUGCUGAAGCAAAAACACACGCACACAAUUUAACGGUUUAACACAGCUCAUGUGAGUGAGUAUGCUAUGGCAGACCCAACCAGUCGAACCAGAGCACAAAUGGCUCCAACCAACGACGACAACCGUCUAAAGUGCGCCUGCGAUGCCGGAAUUUUAUCCGACGCAUGCCCGUAUGACAACGCCAACGACCAUGAUAUCGACAGCGAAGAUUCUAAUCAGCCACAGAGUUCCGACUCCGAAAGCUGCGAGUCGACGCGGCUUGACGAUCUAGCUGCCUCCUGUUUCCGUGUCUUCUCCGAUUCUCUGUCGAGAAUGGAGCUGGCGGAGAUGGAGAUGAUCAGGGCAAGGGAGACUUCGCGGUGGGAGGCGGAGAAGAGGAGGAUGGAAUUGGACGCCGAGUUGACUCGCAUGAUGCUAAGAACUCAGUUGCAGAUCGCAUCAGUUGUCGCCGGGAAGGGGCCGAACAAGAAGAGGAAGCGAGUUGAACAAGAAGAAGAUGAGUCGGCCAUCUCAACAAGGGAAGGAGCAUUGCUGCUAAGUUUGUUGCAGUGCAACUUCAGCUUUUGAAUUGUAUAAUGGCAUGUGAUUUCUCAUCUUCUUUUUCAAUAAACAAAAUAAUUUUGCUCAAAACAAAAAUAUGAGCUUGAUUGUACUGCUACAUGCGCCAAGAUGAUUUUAUUGCUGGCAGUUAUAAGACUCGUCUUCCUGGGAAGAAUAAACUGAUUUCAAAAUCA